GCGACGACGUAUGUGCACGAAACAUUACUUCCGCUACCAAUGGACUGCUUCCGUAAACGCGCAGAACAGGUGCGCAGUAGACACAUACCGAAGUUACAAAUACACAAAACAACAAAAAGAGCAAGCAGGUGAAUAUUAUAUAAAAGUACCAACAGUAUAUCAAGGUUUAGUGUAUGGCAGGUGUUAAUCGUAUGAGCAUGAUGGAGCAAGUACACCUAGCAGGAGAAGAUGAGGAUGACAUUUAUGGAGGAUUUAAUGACUACAAUGCAACCUUAGAUACAGAUGAUUUAGCAAGUGAUCCAAGUUUUCAGAAAGCAGUAUUAAGAACAAGUCAUGGUCGUCGCCCACCUCCUACUGGUUUCAAAGGUGCAGCUGGUGGAGGUGCUCCGGUUCUUGGUGGAGCCAGAAUGGGAACAGCCAUGCGUGGUGGUCGUGCCGGCCCCUCCUCAAUGGGACGUCCAAUCACAGGAGCAGCAGCUGGCCAGGAUGCACAGGCAAGACCAAUGACAGCUGUAAGAGCAGCUGGCUAUACUGCAGCUGGGAAAAGAGGAGUAGCCGGGUUUGAUCCUCUGAAUCAGGCAGCUGGGCCAGCGCCACCCCUGGAGCCAAAACCUGAAGACAGCCCUGAAGAAAAAAUCCGACAAUUAGAGAAAAAAGUGAAUGAACUGAUUGAAGAGAGCUGCUUUGCAAACAGUCGUGGAGAGCUCAAUUUGGCACUGGAGAAGGCAAAGGAAGCUGGGCGUAAAGAGCGUGUGUUGGUCCGACAACGAGAACAGAUGUCGAUGGGAGAUCAGAUCAACUUGGAUCUUACAUACUCUGUGUUAUUUAACUUGGCGAACCAGUAUGCUGCCAACGAGAUGUACAAUGAGGCCCUCAACACAUACCAGGUCAUAGUGAAGAAUAAAAUGUUUAGUAAUGCAGGUCGGUUGAAAGUAAACAUGGGAAAUAUUUACUUCAAGCAGAAGAACUAUCCGAAGGCCAUCAAGAUGUACAGAAUGUCACUAGAUCAGGUCCCGAACUCACACAAGGAGAUGAGAACCAAAAUAAUGCAGAACAUCGGUAUAGUGUUUGUGAAGAUGGGGCAGUACAGCGAUGCUAUCACCUCCUUCGAGCACAUCAUGUCUGAGGCGCCAAGUUUCAAGACCGGUUUCAACCUGAUCCUGUGUUACUUUGCUCUUGGUGAUCGGGAAAAGAUGAAGAGGGCAUUCCAGAAACUUCUUACUGUAGAUCUGAAGUUAGAUGAUGAGGACAAAUAUCUCCCACAUGGGGAAGACAAACAAUACAACUUGGUGUUGGAGAUGAUUAAGAACGAUUCCCUUCGACAAAUUGAACGAGAAAGAAAAUAUGAGGCAGAGAAUUGCAUCAAGACUGCAGCCAAGAUUAUCUCCCCUGCAAUAGAAGUAAGCUUUGAUGCUGGAUACGACUGGUGUGUAGAACAGGUUAAGAAUUCUCAGUACAUAGAUCUGGCACAUGACCUUGAGAUAGACAAAGCUAUCAUGUUCCUGAAACAGAAAGAUUUCAACCAGGCCAUAGAGACCUUGAAGUCAUUUGAGAAGAAAGAUUCAAAGGUGGCAUGUACAGCGGCAACAAACCUUAGCUUUCUCUACUACCUGAGAAAUGACCAAGAGGAGAAUGACCUUGGCCAGGCAGACAAGUACGCUGAGGUUGCCAUGACAGCAGACAGAUAUAAUCCUUAUGCAUUGGUUAACAAGGGCAAUGUGUUGUAUUCAAAGGGUGAUUUUGAGAAAGCACGAGAGUUUUAUAGAGAAGCUUUACAGAAUGAUUCUUCAUGUGUAGAAGCCCUGUAUAACUUAGGUUUAACAAACAAGAGAAUAGGUCGUCUAGAAGAUGCUUUGGAUGCAUUCUAUAAACUACAUGCUAUUUUACGGAAUUCUCCACAAGUUAUAUACCAAAUAGCAGACAUCCAUGAUCAGCUUGAGGAUUCGGCACAAGCAACAGAAUGGUUCAUGCAGUUGAUAGGUGUGGUACCAACAGAUUGCUCCGUUCUGGCAAGAAUGGGUGAAAUAUAUGACAACGAUGGAGAUAAAUCUCAAGCGUUCCAGUACUACUAUGAUUCAUACAGAUAUUUCCCAUCAAACAUUCCUGUGAUAGAAUGGCUUGGAGCGUAUUACAUAGAUUCUAAAUUCUGUGAAAAAGCUAUCCAUUAUUUCGAGAGAGCAAGUAUAGUACAGCCAACCCAGGUGAAGUGGCAUUUAAUGAUUGCAAGUUGUCAUAGAAGAAGUGGCAACUAUAACCAAGCCUUGGAAACCUAUAAAUAUAUACAUAGAAAAUUCCCUGAUAAUGUAGAAUGUUUGAAAUUCCUUGUACGUAUAUGUUCUGACCUGGGAUUGAAAGAAGCACAAGAAUAUGCCACUAAACUGAAGAAAGCAGAAAAGGCUAAAGAGUUGAAAGACCAGCGUGCAAGUAGCGGUACCCGGCGUGGAUCGGGAAGGCGAAGGGAGGGCAGUGCUGAAGCAGAUCGUGAGACAAGCGCUAGUAUGAGGUCAGGCGGCAAGCGUGGGGCAAGAAGACGGCCAAAUCUUGAUGAUGCAGAUGAAGAAGCUUACCAGCCACGUAAACAGGAAGUAGAUUCAAACUAUGUUGACCCACUUGGACCACAGAUGGAAAGACCAAAAACGGCAGCAAAAAGACGCGAUUUUGAUGACCAAUUUGAUGAUGAGGAGCUCGGUGAAGAUCUGUUACCGGAAUAAGGAGACACUUAUGUUGUUAAAGAUCACUACAUAAAUUUCAGUAUGACACAUUAUGAAGGGCUACUAAUAGUGUUCUUUCGUUUCCACAGUUACUUUUCAUUAAGUUGACUUUAAUCAAUCUAGUUGAUAAGAAACAAAUGUGUUCUGAACAUCUUGUGAUAUUUUUUAUCUGAAAUUGAUUUAGUCUACAUUUUCUUUGUUAAAGGUUCAUACGACUGAAGUUCCAAGGUCCUGUGUUUAAGAUUCUACAGUUAAAACUUAAUAGUUUUCUAAUAUGGACAGCCAAAUUUUAAUAAGCUAAAGUCCGUUUUCUUAUAUGGAGCAUGAUAAAGAAGUGGGAUAAAUGCUUUAAUAAGAGUAUAUCUAAGUUUGGUCGACAAAAAGAAGUUUCCCAGUUUCUUUUAAUUUGGAUCUUCAAAUUUUUUUUUUUCUGCAUUUGUAGACCAGCAUAGUGGUACUAAAUUUACAUUCAAUUUGCCCUUAGUAAGCCAGAAGUGCAUCUUUGCACCUGAAAAUAUUUUUCUACUUGUUAUGUACAUACCAAGAUUUAUUUAUUAUUUUGAAGUAAGUUAUUCCGUCCAAUUGUAUUUUACUGAGUCAUUUUGUUCUGUAGUUAUGAUGGUGUUCUGUUAAAAUUUUCAUGGGGACCCAGAUUUGCAUUAACUGAAUAGAAUUUCAUUUUGGACCAACAUUUUUCUGCCUUUAAUUAGUCCAAAAAGAAAAUGGGUCCUUUGAAAUUAUAAUAUUAGUAGAUUAUUUUUUAUGGGUUGCAUGUUGAGUAUAUCCACAAAAUUAAAUCGUUACAAACAAGUAAAAUUUCUAUUCAUUUUAUAUUUAGAAUUGUAAAUUCACAAAUUCAUAUCUCUGCCAUACAGCAAUUUUGGCCUAAACCACGAAAAUUUUUGCUUACGAAAUUAAACAGUUUUACAAUAUAAUUAUGAAUGAUAUAGUAAAAUGAAACUUUAUUCUCGUUUACAUAAUAUACUGACAGUCAGCUGACUUGUUUGUAACUUAGAAUGUUUAGCACCACUUACUUUGAUCAUUUUUCCAGAAUAUGUGGCUGUCAGUUUCGAAGUAUAGUUUUAAAUUUAAAUAAAUUAUAAUUGAAGUUUAAAGGACAUCACAAUUCUAAAUGUGUAAGAAGUACCAGCAAAUUGUUAUUGGUAUAAUUCAUAGGUUUUAUGUUAUAAAAAGUAUUGAUAUGAACUGAAAAAUGUAAAAUUUAGAUUUUCUUGUAAGAUUUUGUAAAGCAGAUGAAGAUUGCAUUUCCAAGAUAUUGUAAGCAGUUCCAAGGACAUUUAUUUUGUGUGCUGUAGUAAAAAAAUUGUGAUAUCAUUUAGAACUGCAUCACAGCUGUUAGGAAUGAUCUAUGCUGUUUUAUUAUUCCAUAUUGUGAUAAAGACUAUUAUUUAUUGAAUUAAAAUUGAAUCGACUAGCA